UCAAUUUGUAUCCACACCAUGUUUCUUAUUCUCAAACAUUAUGGAUAUAAAGGGUUGGACAGAGUAUACAGUUAUAUAUGAAGGAGCAGAACUUUUACCAUACUUGGAUAGUAUAUUGGCUCUUCAGAAUAUAGAUUCAGGACCCAAAAUCCUUAUGACGGUGGUACAACUGCCUAACAGCGAUGACUAUCGAUCUCAGUUAAAAACUAUUAAGUCUUCAGGAUCAGUAAAUUACCUUGUAGCAUGCAAUAGAGACAAAUUACCGCAAUUUCUAGAGCAAGCUCAACAAGUUGGAAUCAUGUCAGACGAGCACAGCUACAUCAUCAUGGACCCAGAUCUACAAACAAUAAAUAUCGAUCCCUUUAAACAUGGUGGUUCGAAUAUUACCGCUAUACGAUUGUUUGAUCAUAACUUAGAAGAUAUUAAAAAAUUUAUAGCAGCAGUCAAUGAAAAAGUAAAAGAAUUUGACGAAACUGUAGAAGAAGCAAUUCCGGAAAAUGGUUUGACGCUAGAUGUGGCACUACUUUACGAUGCAGUUAUGUUAUAUACAGCAGCUAUAAAAGCAAUGGGACUCACAGAAGGAGCAAGUGUUAAAUGCGAUGAUGGUACAUCUUGGAAUUUAGGUUCUACUAUUACAAAUUAUGUUAGAACGAUGGAAGCUGAUGGAUUAAGUGGUAUUAUAAACUUUGACGAAGAUGGUUUUCGAUCCGAAUUUGAAGUAGAGAUACUAGAAGUAAUGGCGCAUGGAUUAGAGAAGGUUGGAACUUGGACAUUGGAAGACGGUUAUAUGGUGUCCCGAAAAGUUGUUCCACCAGUAGAAGAGGAAGGCAGCACUUCUAUGAAAGGAAAACACUUUCUUAUAUUAACCGCAUUGAGCCCACCGUAUGGCAUGUUAAAAGAAUCUGCCAACAAGCUUGAAGGUAACGAUCGUUAUGAGGGCUUCGGUAUAGAAAUCAUUGCUGAGUUAGCAAAAAUGAAUGGAUUUAAUUAUACCUUUGAAUUGCAAGCUGACGGAGUUUAUGGUUCCUAUGAUAAUAAAACUGGUAAAUGGAAUGGCAUGAUGGAAAAGAUAAUGAAAGGAACUGCCGAUUUUGCUAUCACCGAUUUAUCAAUAACUUCUCAACGACAAAGAGCAGUAGAUUUCACAAGUCCUUUCAUGAACUUGGGCAUCACAAUAUUAUACAAAAAGCCAACCAAACAACCACCUGAUCUCUUUUCAUUUAUUUCUCCAUUUUCGUAUCAGGUUUGGGGCUGGAUAAUCGGGGCCUACAUCGGAGUAUCACUUCUUCUUUUCCUGUUAGGAAGAUUUGCUCCAGAAGAAUGGCAAAAUCCAUAUCCUUGUAUUGAAGAGCCCGAAACUUUGGACAAUCAGUUCACUCUUGCCAAUUCUUUUUGGUUUACUUUGGGUAGUGUUCUUACUCAAGGUUCUGAAAUAGCACCAAUUGCAGUAUCGACUAGAAUGGCAGGCAGUUUGUGGUGGUUCUUCACAUUAAUUAUGGUGUCAUCUUACACAGCAAAUUUAGCUGCGUUUUUGACUGUGGAAUCAAAAUUUUACGCCAUAAAAAAUGUACAGGAUUUAGCUGGAAAUCCCUACGACAUAGUUUAUGGGGCUAAAAAUGGAGGGGCCACUUUUAACUUUUUUAAGGAAUCAGAUAACUUGCUGUACCAAAAAAUGUACCGAUACUUGGACUCGCAUCCGGAACUUUGGACGAAGACAAAUGAUGAAGGCCUAAUGAGGGUUAAAUCCGAUAAGGAGAACUACGCAUUCUUGAUGGAGUCUACCUCGAUAGAAUACGUUGUUGAGCGAAAUUGUGAUGUAGCGCAAGUUGGUGGCUUGUUGGAUAGUAAAGGAUAUGGAAUAGCCAUGAAAAAAAAUUCACCUUAUAGACAACCAAUGAGCGAAUCAAUCUUGCAACUACAAGAGCAAGGUGUACUAGCGCGAAUGAAAGACAAAUGGUGGAAAGAGAAGCGAGGAGGAGGUGCAUGUACGGCUGACGAUGAAGGGAGUGGUGAUGCUCAACCUCUAGUUCUGGCAAACGUUGGUGGUGUCUUCAUUGUAUUGGUAGCUGGAUCAGCUCUCGCUGUUGUCUGCGCGUUUGUGGAAAUGAUAUUCGAUGUAUGGGUUACGUCACAUAGAGUGAAGGUUCCAUUCAGGGAAGAACUAAUAGCCGAACUGAAGUUUAUAUUCAGCUUCAGUGGAAACGUGAAACCAGUGCGACAUAGAGAGUCUACAGGAUCCAAAAGCUCUAAAGACUCUAAGAAGGAAAAAGAGGAGGAGGCCGAUGCGGAGUCACACAUUGAUGAUGAUGAUGACGAUAGGAACAAUCUUGCACCGACUCCGUCCGAACGAUCGAGCCACUCGCACCACACGCUGCAUAGUAGGAGACAGAGUAACGCAGUGCAGUUGGCUAAAAUGCGAAAGUAUAGUAGGCAGUUAUCGAAUAGAACCAAUAGUUAAACACGAAAGUAAUUUCAUGUCGUAGCUGUAGAGUUUCUUAGGCAAUUACUAGCGAAUGCUUUAUAGUUUAUAGCAUUAAAAGCCAAUGAAAUACAAAUUAAUGUUAAGUCCUUUAAAAGACAUA